AUGUGUCGCUCUUUCAGCCUCACAGAGAUUGUCAUCACCAACGUCUCGGGCAGCGCGAGCUUUAACGAAGAGACUCGUAUGGCUGCUCGCAGGGCUCUCGGACAGAACCGAGACCCUCACAUCUGCCACCCAACUCCUUAUGAGAUCCGGCGACGAUCUAAUCCCUCUCUCCCGGAGCCUUCGGGCACCAUCUAUCCCCAUCCUCUCGUCAAUCCCAUCAAGGAAGCCCCUCUGAUGACCGAGAUCCGCGCCUUCUACAGGCUCGAAUUCAAGUUUAAGGGCGAGAACCUCGACAUAGUGUGGCAGGAGGGCACAAACAUCUGCAACAAGGGUCAGGGAAGAAUCAUGGGAGACAUUCUCGUCGACCCCGGAAACUCUAUCGAGAUCGUCACUCAUCUGAUCCAGCACUACAUCAGCCAAGCUUAUGCUCCUCUCGACCCUGUCGGCGAAUCCGGCUGCCUUUCCGAGCACUUUGGCGACGUGAUGGGCGUGAUGGCCAAGAUGUGGCAGGACCGCCAAACUGCUCGCGAGGGCGACUGGGGUAUCGGUCGCAGAUGCUUCAUGCCUGGCAACGACGAGAUUGUCAUCAGAGAUGUGAGAACACCGGGGAGUGCAUACAAUGACCCUCGCUUGGGCAAGGACCCUCAGCCCAUGCACAUGCGAGACUACAUUCACGAUAGCACCCCUCCUGGCAUCAUUGACCAUCGCAAGGGCAAUCACGUCAAUACCGGCAUCCCCAACCGUGCCUUUGCCAUUGUCGCUCUGGCCUACGGCGGCUAUGCAUGGGAGAAGGCCGGCCAGAUCUGGUGGGCUGCAAUGACUUCCAGGGCCGUGCCCGCGAAGUGCUCUCUCUCAAAGUUUGCCCUUGUCACUUGCUCCAUUGCCGAGCAGUUCUAUGGUCCCACUGAUGCCCGAACUGUUCGCUUUGCCUGGCAGGAGGUUGGUGUCCUGAGCGCUUCUCUGUGGGAGCAUAUGAGUAUUUUCACAGUUUUGAUGAGAGAAGAGCUCGAGGAUGAGUACGUGGCAGAGGCGGCUCUGGCAGCUCAACAACAGACCGAUGAGCAGACACAGCAGCAAGUCGAGCAAGAGUCUGAGCAAAGCACUUCUGCAUCUUCGCCGGCUAACAAUGACACCGGACUCACGACCACGCGUCCUGCCUCCCCUGCGUCUUGGACCACGGAUGACGAGAACGCUACGACGGCUCAGGGAACCCCUGCCCCUCCUACUCCCGAGCUUUCUCCCACUUAUGAUGUUGAUGACGAUGAGGAGCAGGUGAUGUUCACACCCCCUACCACCAGGAUGCCAUCGCCCGCCGGCCGUGACCCCAGGCUCCAUCCCACUCCCAUCAAUCCUCAUGGCUACUCGGAGAAUGUGAUCAACGGCGCUAUUGCCGCUGCCAACUUCAUCAUGGAGAAGGCGGUUGAAGUGGACCUCAGAAGGCAGCACCGCGAGGCCUGCGAGAGAGAAGCUGCCUUUAUGGCGGCUUGCGGACUUUCGCCUUUGGCCGGACCAUCUUACACCUUUGAGCAGCGUUCCCGAGGUCGGUCUUCGACUAGAGGCUCGAAUGUGGUUGGAAGACUCACCUUUGUUGGCACGUCGUCUUCUGGUGUACAGACGUCCCCUGUUGGAGAGUCGACCUCGACAGCUUCAUCCACUGCUAAGGAGCAGUCGACUGUGUCUUCCACUGCCAGUGUGGAGUCCACAAGCAUCAACGAGCCCGGCGCCCUUGAUAUGUCUGCUUUCACUGACGACGAUACGCAGGAUGUGGUCGACCGUGACCUUGUCAUCCGCAAUGCUGGUACUGCGGUUGGACGCAGGGCACAGGGUGGUCACGGCAACUGCAAGACUACUUUCUGA